AUGAGGAUUUUCAAACUUCAGCUCGAUUACGUUCUGACGAAGAACAUCCCUCAGUCGGACAUUCGAAAAUCUAGACCUGUUUGGAACGUCACAUUCGACUCUUAUCGCCGUCCAAUUCGUCUCAGUUUCAAGAUGCUGUUCCACAAGAGACACCGAGGAGAUCCUCGUCAACCGAAAAUCGACACGGCAGGUCAGAAAGACAAAGAAUGCGGUACGAUAUUCCGCCAACAUGUGUCUAUUCAUUUUGGAAUGCGGAUCAGGAAGAAGCUUAGCGAUGCGAAUUCCUUCACAGAGUGCAUCCAUGACCUUCCCAGUUCUAAUGCCACCGAAGAAGUUCGCCUUUGCAUCUGCGAAAACAAAAUCCACAUAUAA